AUGGCCAAUAGCAUACUGGAGAAGCGUAAAGCGACAACUUCUUACCCAAGAACUUCUAGAGCGCAAAUCGCCAGCGACCCAGCAUCUACGACAACCGACAAGGAAAAAUGCAGAAGUCAGGGGGGACCAGCGAGCGUAAAUGCGAUGAUGGAUAAAAAGCCCUUGGAGAGCGACCCUUACACCUACUACCAGCUUAUCGGCGAGUGCUAUGUCGACGGCAUGAUGGGCGGAAAAGCGCUGUCGCAGUCACACACAUGGAUGCUCUUUGAGAUCAGAUGA